AACUAAAAACAAAAUAAAUAUUACAGAAGAGAAGAAAAAAAUAAGUUUACCACAUCUUACGCAGUACUUCAAUUACUACUUGUGGGGAGUUGAAAAUUUUUCGUAUAUAAAACGAUCGCAUCGUUAGCGCAAUUCAACAUAAUUUUUCUUGAAUUCAAUCAACAUACAUUACCGGGUGGAUUGUGUGCGCGCACAUUUUUCCAAACAGACUAUUCUUUCAUUUUUUGUGUAUACUGUUUUGUUGUUGCUGCUUUAGUAGUUUCAACUUUUCUCAAUUACGAUCGAUUCAAUUACUAAAUAAUAAAAUUCUAAAAAAGUUAUACUACGAAUACUAUUUUCAUUAUUCCGUUGUAUUCUGGUGGUUGAGUAAUGUAUCAAAAAUUACAAAUUACAAUGAAUAAAUGUGCUUUUAUUUCAAUAGUUUUGUGUAAUCUGUUACUUGUUAACGUUCGUGCUGAUGUAUCAAGUAUAGAUGGUAUCAAAACAUUUCCAUCCACUACGUCAUCAACAUCGCCGGAGAAUUCCAAUAGCUUUAGCAUUUUGACAAAAGAGUUUCUGAACAAACCUGAUGGCGAAUUGAGCAAACGAAACUCUCAAAAACCAUUACGAAGUCCAACGCGCAAUAAUGCGAUCGGCGUUACAGACAACAAUUUACCUGAAGAAUCAGAUGAAUCUGAUGAGCGUCAAGCUUACUACUACGAUAAACCCAAGAUACCGUUUGAAUUCGAGAGCACCAACAUUCAUACAAACACUGUUCCACCAACAAAUGAUCAAUUGGAAGAUUUUGAUGGAUAUCAGUAUCCAAAACCUGCAAUUCCGUUCCCAUUGCCAACGACAACCUCGAAUCCAGAUGCGGAAAGCCUGCCAACCGAUUCAGCCCGGCUUCAAAAAGGCUAAAGCGCGAUCCAAAUGAUCUAUGUGCAUGUUUCUGUGUGUGAUUCCAAUUUUUAUUUGUAUUGUUGAUUCAUUACGGCCUUAUAAAUCUAUUUAGCUAACUAGCGUUGGAAGUUUGGCCUAUUUUUAGACUGCAUUUGCAUUUGCAUGUAAUCAAAAUAAAUCAUGCAUAGAGAAAAAACUUCAGUUUUAGAAUAAAAGCAAUUCCUAAUUAAAAAUCUGAACAAAAAUUCUUUUAUCUGAAAUAGAAUUUCUUUUUCAUGAAUUUUUUUUUAAUUAUUUGUAUACGCGUUCCUAGUAAAAGGAAUUCGAAACUUUAUUCUCUGUGUGUUGUCCGAUCAUAAAAUAAUUUCACUUUUUUUGCUGUAUAUUAACAAUAGCCUAACAUUUUUUGAGCUAGGUAUUUUUUAACAAAUUUGACAACCAAAAACAACUAUUCAGAUGAAUUCAUCAAAGCUGAUUUGAACCGCCUAGAAUUUACAUUAUUAUUUACAUGCUGAUUUACAUUACUACAUAAAUGUCUUCAAAUGCGUUAUAGAAAAAAGUACGUCAGCAAUAGUGUCAAAAACUGUAUGUGACGCGUUAUAUAAAAAAGUUCGCCAACCAAAGCGUGACAUCGUCCAUAUAUUUUAUAACGCUUUUGCUGACUGACUUUUUUCAGUAACGCAUUUGAAGACAUUUAUCUAGUAAUGUUGAUUUAUUCUAAGUGAUUCAUUUAAGUUUCUAUAAAUCUAUUGAAAAUAAAAACUGCACAAAUCCACCACAACAACUUCUCCGAUGUUUACCUCUAUGAAAUGGUUAAUUAUUUUAAUUUAUUUCCGUUCAUAUUCAGCUAAUGAAAUGAAUGUUAUAGUUUCACACAAACUGUAUCUUUUAUAAAUGUUU